AUGUGGCAGAGGAGGACGAAGAGGAGGAGGAUGAGGAGGAGGAGGAGGAGGAGGAGGAGGAGGAGGAGGAGGAGGAGAGGAGGAGAGGAGGAGAGGAGGAGAGGAGGAGAGGAGGAUGAGGAUGAGAAGGUGGUGGAGGAAGAGGAGGAGGAGGAGGAGGAGGAGGAGGAGGAGGAAGAGGAGGAGGAGGAGGAGGAGGAGGAGGAGGAGGAGGAGGAGGAGGAGGAGAAGGUGGUGGAGGUUACUGGAGUUGGAUUCUUUCCGAAUGCCAUUGAAAUAGAUGCACCUUCUGGCGCAGGUGAAGCUACUCCGACCAAACGGCUGACCGAGGAUAAAGGAAAUCGUGACAAGAGCUGCGGCAUCCGCCAAGACAGAGGCACUUCUCGCUAG